GAACGCCCAUCAACGGAAGACCCCGCGAGGAGAGCAGCAAAUGUCUACCUGUGCACGGUACAACAGCGGGGCAGAAUUCAUGAUAACCCACCACGACCCCGCUGGCGAUCGAUAAAUUUAAGCCCUCUAUCAUACGCACAAGUCUAACCAAACCAAACAACCCUCACAAUGGAGCAAGUCAUCAAAGAGCUCGUCGAGCAUACAAACCGUAAGCGCCAUAAUAUCAUCUCCGUCAAUUAUAUCGUGCUAUGAUCCCAAGUCGCCAUACCAGAAUCUGGGCUAACCCACGAUACUUGUAGAGAAACUCUCCACCCUCCCCUCCAAAACUCGCCUCCUAAUCAGCGUCUCUGGAAUCCCCGGCAGCGGGAAGACCACGCUCGCAAGAAGGGUCACGGAGGGCCUAAACGCCGUAUCGAAAAUUGGAGACGUAGCAGCUAUGAUUCCAAUGGUUUCUUCCCCCCCCUCAGUUCACUUUACCGCCCUUGCAAUCUCAAUUAAAUUCACAGACCUAUAGUAAUAAUGAUGAUGAAUAAUGGCUAGGACGGCUACCACUUAACGCGUGCCACCCUCUCCGCAAUGCCCGAUCCCAUCGAAGCACAUGCCCGCCGCGGUGCGCCCUUCACUUUCGACCCUGUAUCUUUAAAGCUGCUGAUCCAGCAGGUAAAAGCCCCGCUAGAGGAGGAAGAAAGGCUAAUAUACGCGCCGUCCUUUGAUCACGCUAUUAAGGACCCGGUGGAAGACGACAUCAAGAUAUUGAGUUCGCAGCGGGUGCUUAUUUUCGAAGGUCACUCCCCCCCCGUUUCGCCUUCUCAUGGGCAUGGUUUUAAUGCAUAUGGUGAGAGUCAGGGAAUUACUUGAGCAUGGGCACGGACGUAUGGGGAGAUAUCGCAAGGCUUUUUGACGAGCUGUGGUUCGUGGAAGUGGACCGGGGAAUCGCGAGGGAGAGGUUGAUUGCUAGACACUUGAAGGCGGGGUUGGCGGAUACACGGGAGGCCGCGGCGAAGAGGGCUGAUGAGAACGAUUUGCCGAAUGGGGAUUAUCUCGUUGCAAAUGGGCUCAAGCCUCAUCGGGUUAUUCGGAGUGUUGAGGAUCAGGAGUAUGCUAGGAGUGGGUAGAUUGUUGGAUAGUGAUUAACGUCCUCACGAUAGCGGUAUAUAUACGGAAAAAAAGAAGGGGGGGGUAGUAUGAAACAUGAUACAGCUGUUUGUUCUCU